UCUCCAAGGUGAGUGAAAGGGAGCAGGCUUCGCGACUGCGCAAUAGAGUUGCUCUGUCGCCUCGGUGAGGAGAGAGACGCGAUGGCGGGGCCCGCGUGGAUGUCCAAGGUCUCUCGGCUGCUGGGGGCAUUUCACAACCCAAAACAGGUGACCAGAGGUUUUGCUGGUGGUGUUCAGACAGUAACUUUAAUUCCAGGAGAUGGUAUUGGCCCUGAGAUUUCAGCCUCGGUUAUGAAGAUUUUUGAUGCUGCCAAAGCGCCCGUUCAGUGGGAGGAGCGGAACGUCACUGCCAUCCAAGGGCCGGGAGGAAAGUGGAUGAUCCCUCCGGAAGCCAAGGAGUCCAUGGACAAGAACAAGAUGGGCCUGAAAGGCCCUUUGAAGACCCCAAUAGCUGCUGGUCACCCAUCCAUGAACUUACUGCUGCGUAAAACCUUUGACCUCUAUGCAAAUGUCCGACCAUGUGUUUCCAUAGAAGGCUAUAAAACCCCUUACACUGAUGUAAAUAUCGUCACCAUUCGAGAGAAUACAGAAGGAGAAUACAGUGGAAUCGAGCAUGUGAUCGUGGACGGCGUUGUGCAGAGUAUCAAGCUCAUCACUGAGGAGGCGAGCAGGCGCAUCGCAGAGUUCGCCUUUGAGUAUGCCCGGAACAACCACCGCAGCAACGUCACCGCCGUGCACAAAGCCAACAUCAUGCGAAUGUCAGAUGGGCUCUUUCUGCAGAAAUGCAGGGAAGUUGCAGAAAACUGUAAAGACAUUAAAUUUAACGAGAUGUACCUUGACACAGUUUGUCUGAACAUGGUCCAAGAUCCGUCCCAGUUCGACGUUCUUGUUAUGCCAAAUUUGUACGGAGACAUCCUGAGCGACCUGUGUGCGGGCUUGAUCGGAGGUCUCGGUGUGACACCAAGCGGCAACAUCGGCGCCAACGGGGUCGCGAUCUUUGAGUCGGUUCACGGCACAGCCCCGGACAUCGCCGGCAAGGACAUGGCCAACCCUACGGCCCUGCUGCUCAGCGCGGUGAUGAUGCUGCGCCACAUGGGGCUGUUUGAGCACGCUGCGCGGAUCGAGGCGGCCUGCUUCGCCACCAUUAAGGAUGGGAAGAGCUUAACAAAAGAUUUGGGAGGCAAUGCAAAAUGCUCAGACUUCACACAAGAAAUCUGUCACCGAGUGAAAGACUUAGAUUAAGGCUUUACAGGCGGCAUCCGCAUCAGUGCCUGCUACCGAAGCCACACGAAGGUGCGUGAGAGAGAACACGUUCCAUUCCGAGUGCACCGAGUCUCCUUGCUUCUGAUAGUGACCUCUAGGUCUGGCCUCUUCACAAAGUCUGCGAAGGGUGCAGGUGAUGUCCCUAGGUGUGCUUUCAAAGGACGUUUCCAAGUGCUUGUUUUAUUUAUUAAUGUCUAUUUGGUAUACAUUUUUUGUAAACUCUUUGGUGGACUGUAUCAUUUGCCAUUGUUAACCAUUUUACACUUCAGUUAAAACCGUUUUCCUCAGCUGUAAAUAUGGUACAGAAUUAAUAAGAGAAAACAUCUAACUUUCUAAAGAAAACGUUGUCAUUAGUUUAUGAAAAAUAUAAUAGAAAUAAAACAGAAUAUUGACAUAAUAGCACAAGAUGACAUUCUUAUCAAAUGAACAGGCACCAGAGAAACUUCCUAGGAAAGUUCACCUCACAAACUGACUAUGGUGUAUUUCUUUAUGAUAUGGAAAAUUAAGACAGAUUUGUCCUUUAUAUGAAUUACUGACUAUGAAUAAAGACUUCAGAUCCAAGAAAUACGAGAGAGAUAACUUUUGUUAAUAAGGAAUGGUAAUACAUUGGCUACAAAGACACAGCUACGCUGUUCAACUAUUUUGUUACCUGGAGCCUUUCAUGAAGUGAGGGGCUGAACUUUCUUUUCACUGGACACACACUAAGCAUCAUGGGUAACAGCCACGAGGGCCCCAACUGACAGUCGGGCAUGGUGGCUGACCUGUGUGCGGUCACACUUCUGCAGUGUGCCCCCCUCCAGCCGGUCCUGCCGAGAGGCCUGACCACACCAUUAAUUUUGUGUUUCCCUGGCGGCCUGCCCUCCCCAGAAGCAGCCCCAGGAAGAGGCCAGGUUGCAGAGCGCAGACGCGGCCUGAGCCGGGUCACAGCCCCUGCUGUCAGGCACCACUUCCCGGCAGCACGGCUUUUCUUCCCCCUCGGGCGCUGAGUCCCUGUUCUCACGAACAGGCACCCUUUGGCCCCAAACCAAAGGCAACUCAUGUCCCUUGUUCCUCAAGUAAUGACACAAACCGGAGGCUCUGCAUAACGGGCCCAGGUCACGGGAUGUCUUAACCACAGGUAUCCCUGCCUGGGCGCUUUUUAAGGCUUGAAACCAGACUUUCGAUCUCACGUGUGUUUUCCUGUUUCAGCUGUUGCUUCCUCUGUUUUGUUGAAAUUCGUGAGUUAUUCUUGUGUUCACACUAAUAAAGAAUUCCAGAACCGA